CUUUUGCCUAUGCUGUUGGCAGCCGGCAUCUCCUCGCUCGUUGCCCACUGCACACCCACGCAUCUCGCCUCCACACGAGCGGUUGCAUGUGCCACCACCACUACUGUACUCCCCCGGCACCCCAAUUCGUGAACGGCGGGGCCUUAAGCGCGAGGCCUGUUGGACUCUCCCACCCGGCCACACAAGCUUUCCUCUUUUAGCGCGCAUGCGACGGUCAUCAUGGCGUCUUCGUCCGGAGGCGGCCUUUCGAGGAAGCAGUCCCUAUCCUCCACCGGCAAGCGCUCGCUCGGCAAACUCUCCUCCGCCAGCCAUCGACAGACUCCACCGCCCACGACCCUCACGCCCGACAACAGCGAUGCGCCCUUUGAGCCGUGUGCAGCGACCGCUUCCUUCCUGCUCUAUGCGCAGCGAAACCGCGUGCUCGUUGUCCACCAAGACACCCUUGCGAUAGAAAGGCGCUUCGACCUCCAUCGGGAGGAUGUGGUGUGGAUCGCAGUGGAUAAUGUGAGCGAAAGAGGUCAGGGCCGGUUGGCUGUCAGCUAUGACGCUGGCAAUACCGCGAUCGUCUGGGAUAUAUUGACCGGUGGGGAGAUUGCGCGCUUCUCCGCAUAUGAGAGUAUCAGAGCCGCCAGUUUCAUCCGCAACGGCAACAUUGCAUUUGGUAAUGACCACGGCAAUAUCAUCUUGUUUGAGCCGUCAACCUCGGAACAUGUCUCGGCGCGGACGAUUUACGAUGCCAUCACGGCCAUUGCGCCGUCUGCUGAUUGUCGAACAUUUGCGAUUGGAUACUCGAACGGAUCUAUCCUCAUCGCAACCCUUCAGCCUUCAUUCACCAUAAUACACACUCUGACCACCACCCGAGCUCCCUCACGAAUAACUGGUCUUUCCUGGCAUGGCUCAUCCUCCAAGCAAAAGACCGACAUGCUCGCAACCCAAACUGUGGACGGGGAUCUUCGGGUCUGGAGCAUCCCCAAAGCCCCGCUUCACGAACCGCCAGUCAUCAUUCGAGUCCUGCAGCGCGCAGAAAGCCAAAUGCCAAGUCUUUGCUGGUUUGCGUGGUCGAAGAAUGGGCGAAUCGUCCAGUUCGCGGACGGCGAAACCCGAGCUUGGGACGUGCGAACCAAAAAGGUGUCAUGGGAAUACGUUCCAACUGUCGAAGGUGUGACGGGGAUAACAAACUAUGGACCCGGCGCCACAUUGUUCACUCUCAGUCGCGAUCACGGUGUGCAGCAGUACGACAUCAACCCGAUGGGCCAGCCGAGCCUCGUUGCAAGUGCGAAGCAUGUGCCUUCGAAUACGCCGCCAACACCACCCCUGAUUCUCGACGACCGCGCAAAUUUGUACUCUCGAAGUCGUGGUGGACGCGGCGAUACUCCCAGUCUGCCUGCAGUGUCGGAUACCGGAGAGAGCAGUACAGAUGACGGAUUACCCAGAUCACCUCGCCUCAGACUCGGCAGACUGGAAAGUCUUGACCCUCUGGAUGACGAGCUUCGAGAUGUAGUCAUGCCCCUAAGUCCCAACUCGAGUCGGACCUCCUCCGUGAGCUCCAAAUCAUCCGGUGGCCGUCGACGGGAUCGGAGGUAUCUCUACGACAGACCGGAUUCCUCUCGAGCCCCUAGUACUACCGGCCCAUCAACGGAAUUCUCCCUCGGCACUCCGUCGUUGAAGCAAGGCCACGAUAGCAUGUCCAUCAAAUCCGUGUCUUCACUGCACUCCAACUCGCGCUACCGAUCUUCACAGCUGCGUAAUCAGGUGCUUCGAAGCUCGGAGGAGUCAAGACACACUACCAACGUCGACCUCUUCCCACACGCUCGGGCACGGCUAAAAGACGUUCCGUUUCGGACGCCGCAUUACGGCAACGUCGCGAGGACGCCGGAACUCCUCCAGCGCGAGAUGUUGAGCGUCCUGUUCGGAUGGAAUGACACGGCUCGCAGCUUGAUCCGCGACGAGAUGUCAAGGCAUAAGUCGGGCUCGGUAGUGCCAAUAUUCCUGGCCAAGUGGCUUGGAGAAGUACCGAGCUCGACGAUGCCCACAUCAAGCUCGGACAUAGGAGCCACGACUGAAUGGAUGAUGCUCGCGCUGAACGGUCUCAGCGGUAUGACCACGCAGAAGACGGUGGGGGAGACUUUCGCUCAGCGCUUGCUGGAGAGGGGUGAAGUGCACCCCGCCGUGGCCAUUCUGCUCGGGUUGGGCGAGUUCAACGAUGCGAUUGAGAUUUACGUCGCGCAGAAAUGCUGGCUGGAGGCCGUCCUCCUCACCUGUAUUACCUGCCCAACGGACUGGCAGAGGAUUUCUCAUCUGAUCCGGAAGUGGGGCGAGACUGCGGUGCAGGGAGGGCAAGCGGAGUUGGCAGUCCGCUGCUUCUCCUGCAACAGCAUCGAGACAUCGGAGCCCUGGUUUUCCCCCCGAGCACAAGAUGCGGCUUACACUGCGCAACAAGAGCGUCUGACGCGGCCGCCAAGCGCGGGACCGCCACUCACCAGUCCGCCACUUUCUCCUCCCUCGCGAUCUGGCUCACAAAGACUGGCACAGAAGAAUGCUUCUCUCAAGCUCAUCACCAGCUUCGGAGACAAAGGCGUACCGCUGAGCAUGGACGUCCCGACACCGAUGAACGCUAUGGGUGUGACGCCCAUCGCGCAGUCUGCUCUCCCAUUCUCCGCCCUGAGUCCCGGGGGCCAGGACGUGUGGCAGCAGACUCGAGUCCGCGGGUUCCGAGACCCUUCUUCUGCGAGGACUGCUACUCCGGGCGGGUUUGGCAAGACCAGACUUCCAUCGAGGAGCGACAUUGAGCGGGCUAAGCAAGAAGCAGCUAACAUCAAUACUCCGAUUACAGCUGCGCGUGACGCGCCUCCGCAGCUACCAACAGCCAACAGCCGCAGGACGUCAUCUCUCGGCAGUCUCAGCUUGGGUGAUCUAGCGACCGCUCGAAAGACGUCCCAGUACAGCGACCGUCUGGCACCCGACACUGCAAGUCAAAAUUCUGGCCACCUGCCUUCGCCUUCUGCCGGAGCAUUCACUCGCUUUCAAGGAGAUCCCCACACUCGCCGGACUACAUCCCAAGAGCGCAAACCCGAUGGAUUGGCUGUACAGAUUGUGGAGACACGAUACAUCAGUACGAGCUCCGGCCAUCAUGCGGGUUCCACGCAUUCCAGCAGGGCAAAUCCCAUAAGUCCCGCGAGUACCUCGAAGAGUGCUAAAGCCCGAUCCAUCGAUGAAUAUCUCGCCGGCGUGGACGAGGCUCGCGAGCAAGCGCGCGAACGACGAACGCACAGCAAGCACCGAGAUGGAAGUCGGAAGCGCGAUGGCAGUCGCAGCAGUGCGAAUCGCCGGCGUGAACCUUCGGAACCUCGCGGUCGGCAUCAUCAGGUACAAUACAUCCGGCCUGCCAAGCGCUCUCCUUCCUCCCCUGUGCCCAUGUCACCGGAGGAGAUUCUGUUGGCGACUCAAGCUGCGAAGUCGAGGCUUGCCGUGCCGGAACCUGCAACGUCGGAGGAUGAGAAUUUCUACAAGGUUGCGUCGCCCAUUGAUGGCCCGCAAAAGGCUGACGGCAAUCAAGAAAAAUUGGAGGCGCGGGUGAUGGCCGAUGCGGAAUAUGAAGCCAGUCGCGGGAAGAGCGCAGGCCCGGCACGCUCGCGAGCUGACAGCGCUCGAGGCCGUGCUACAGAUCGCAGGGCGAAUUCUCAGGGCCGUUCACCUUCUCUGCCGCUCCUGAGGCCAGCAGAAUCCCAAACAGGCCAUGAGCAAGAUGAGACGAACAGCGAUGGACGACGAGUGCGUCUCCGGGCUGGCAGUCAGACGGUCGGUGGGGAAGGCUGGGAACCGCCGGCCAGAUCUUCUAGUCGGAAACCUGCUCACAUCGACGAUCCUAUGGGUGUGAAUGCAUCCACAGUGAGCCACAACAGCAGCUUGCCGGAUAAGUCCUUGGCUGGAUCGACACUAUCUACAGCAACGGACAACAGCACUUCGAGGCCUCGAGGCCUGACUAAAGCCCUCGCACAAAAGGAGCUUGAAGAGCGUCGUUUGUCGCUGGCCCGUCGACCGUCUGCGCCUGCGAUUCCCCUGCCAGGUGAAGCAUCGACUUUGUUAGUGCGGCCAUCCAUGUCGCCGAGGUCGAAUACAGACAUUGGCAAUGCACUCACACGAUCGCAGACCGUUGAUCCGGACCAGAUGUCUCGCUAUGGUAGGAACGCCGCCCCGAUUGGCCUUCCCUCGACGCCACGAGCCAUGCGACAUCCAAGGUAUAUGGCUGGAGAUCCGAAUGAGCGUGAAGGCACCCCUCCCGUGCCAGACGUCCCCGACAGCGCCAGCAAUCUCUCCUCGCUGGGAAGCAGUCUGAGCCAUGUGUCCAACUCGCUCUAUGCGCCCUCCAACCUGACAUCCAAUGUGACAUCGAACCUCACCUCCCACCUUACAUCGAAUGCAUCGUACCUUGCAUCCCACCUCAGCUACGAUACCAGCUCCAUGCUCUCCUCGAAUCUAUCCUCGAAUCCUCACAUCUACGACGAGGACAACAUCGCUCCAUUGCUUCCUUCCACCGUCUACAAUCAGAAGGCGCCUCUGCGCGCGGCGUCCGCUCCCCCGGAGAAGUCGAGCGUGCAUCCAGCGUACAACCCCAAACUCCCACCGUCCACUCGCAAGACUUCCUACGUUCGGAAGAUACUGCCGCCCGACACUCAAGGGGCCAAUGCAGCGGCCGUGACCAGUAUCGAUGAAACACUGGCCGGCGCCGGAGAUCAACAGGUCGUUUUCAUCACCAACGAUUCAGACGCCCCUCCCAUUCUCCCCGAACUCCAACAUCUCGCCGAUCCGCCGCCGCCUCCUCCGCCGCCUCCACCGAAGCAACGCCUCCCUCCACUCAACACGCAAUACAACAGCUCUGGUGUUAUCAAUAUCGCUAUUGACGACAAUCAACCUAGCUCUGCCGUCGAGCCUGGACCACCGCCACCGCCACCCCUCACCCUCCCAUCAACCACUUACCCCCACCCAAUGGACCGCGCAAUGACCACGUCUCCAUCCGGACCACUUGAGCGCGCCACAACCGCAUCGCCCAACACCCACCGCCGCGGCCGCGGCUCCGUAACCGGCUCCGUGACCGACGCCUUCGGCUCCCGCUUCCGCGACUUCAGCGAGCGCAUGCGGAGCACUUCCCGCAACCGCACGAACAAGUCGCCAGCGGAGUACAGAGCGCCGACCCUGCCGUACGAAAGCGUGGUGCCGCCUAUGCCGUCUUCGUCCUCCGCUGCGUAUCAGCAGCAUCAGCGGAGGGAGAGCGAGAGGGCGAAGAGUCCGUAUGAGCAGGCUAUGGCUAUGCAGCAGCAGCAGCAGCAGAGACUGCCGGCCGUGGACGGCACUAUGGUCUUGAAGGAACAUUCUAUCCCGCCUUCGACCUUGCCGCGCAGUUCGAGUGCGCAGGGAUAUGGACAGGUGAAGGGUGGCGGGGCGAAGGAGAAGGAGUUGAGGGCGAAUAUGCCGCCUGAGACUUUGCAGCAGGGUGUUUAUACUGGGGAGGAGGCGGGGUUUCUGUGAGAUGUGGGAUUUGAGGAGAUGUUAGAAGAGUCUGACGUACUGGGUUGCUCGCUGUUGAAGGGUCAUUCAGUGCACUAAGUCUGGCUGGCGGCAUUCUGUCAUCGACUUUAGUCGAGGCGAACAUCAAGGAUCAGAGAGGGCAAGGCUUCAGAGCCUGUACGGCUUCUUUUCGGUAGUUGGAGAAGUUGUAUUGUACCAACCUGAUCACCGUGGAUCUUUCAG